AUGUCGAUGAGCCCAAAGCAUACGACUCCUUUCUCAGUGUCUGACAUCUUGAGUCCUUUGGAGGAAAGCUACAAGAAAGUGGGCAUGGAGGGCAGUAACUUGGGGGCUCCCUUGUCAGCCUACAGACAGUCUCAGGUUUCUCAGCCGGCCAUGCAGCAGCACCCCAUGGGCCACAACGGAACGGUGACUGCCGCCUACCAUAUGACAGCGGCAGGGGUCCCCCAGCUCUCCCAUGCUACGAUGGGGGGCUACUGCAACGGGAACCUGGGCAACAUGAGUGAGCUGCCGCCUUACCAGGACACCAUGAGGAACAGCGCUUCGGCGACAGGAUGGUACGGCACCAACCCGGACCCCCGCUUCUCCUCAAUCUCCCGCUUCAUGGCCCCGUCCUCGGGCAUGAACAUGGGCGGCAUGGGCAGCCUCGGCUCCCUGGGCGACGUGAGCAAGAGCAUGGCCCCGCUCCAGAGCACGCCGCGGAGGAAACGGAGGGUCCUUUUUUCCCAGGCCCAGGUUUACGAGCUGGAGAGACGUUUCAAGCAGCAGAAAUACCUCUCCGCCCCUGAGAGGGAACAUUUAGCCAGCAUGAUCCACCUCACCCCGACUCAGGUCAAGAUCUGGUUCCAGAACCACCGCUACAAGAUGAAACGCCAGGCCAAAGACAAGGCUGCGCAGCAGCAGAUGCAACAGGAGAACGGCUCUUGCCAGCAGCAGCAGUCUCCCAGAAGGGUGGCGGUGCCAGUGCUCGUGAAGGAUGGCAAGCCCUGCCAAGCAGGCUCCAACACACCCACGGCAACGAUCCAGGGCCAUCAGCAGCAGGCAGCUACAACAAUCACGGUGGCUACCAAUGGCAACAGCCUCGGACAGCAUCAGAGCCACCAGACAAACAGUGCGGGGCAGUCUCCAGACAUGGGACAGCACUCGGCCAGCCCGUCCUCCCUGCAGAGCCAAGUCUCCAGUUUGUCUCACCUAAACUCUUCUGCUUCUGACUAUGGCACUGCCAUGUCUUGCUCCACCUUGCUAUACGGUAGGACCUGGUGAAAGGAUUAAACAAAGCAAAACAAAAAAAGGAAAAAAAGAAAAAAAAAAGCAGAUUUCCCCAGUCACACAAAUCUCUGCCCUGUCCAAACUACUGGGUGUUUUUCUUUUCUUUUUUUUCUUUCCUUUUUUAACGCUUUUUUUUUUUGUUUAACUGAGUGGUUCUCUGAGUACCCCUCAGAGAGAGAGCGAGUGACUUUUUUGUUCGGUUUUAUUGCUACUGUUGAUGGUUUGGGGUCUUUUUUUUUCCCCCCAAGGCUGUUAAAUGGGGUGUUAAAAAAAUUCUGACUAAUACCAGUGGAGCAGUCUGCAGAAAGGGGACCAUCGUUAGGCAUGGUCUGAAGGCUUGGAUUUCAGAUGUACACUUUGCCAGCGUCUAGGACUUGCAUGUAAAUAUAGAGAUUUUGGGGGAUGGGGUGGUUUUCCCCAAAAAAGCAUUCGCGUCACCCAGACACAAGAAGCAGCUUCCCCCCUCCCCUCGGUCUCCUCUCCCAGCCCCGCCGCCAGGGCCAGCGGAUGGAGAUGUGGAGUCAUCAAAGGCUUGGCUUUUAUUUUCCUCCUUAAGUUUGAUGUGAACCUGUAGCUGUAUAAUGCUGUCAAAAGUUGGACUAAACCCAUAGUUUUUAGUAACCUGUAUAUUUUGUUGUAAAAAAGAAAAAAAUACAAUCAACCAAACCAACCCCCACCUUUUUUAUGGACACUGAUCGCCCCGUCGUAAAUCCUCUGGCAGUUUGUUAUUUGCGCACGCCGCCUUUUCCUGUUGUAACUUAUGUAGAUAUUUGGCUUAAAUAUAGUUCCUAAGAAGCUUCUAAUAAAUUAUACACAUUA